AUGUCUUUGUUUUUCAAUCGCACCUUUGGUGCAGGAAAGUUCUUAGGACGCAUCAUAUUGAGCAAUAAAAAAUCACCUAUAGUUCAGCGUUUAGCCACAAAAACCGAUCAAGCUACGGCCCAGGUGGAGACUCGCCCGACGGUGGCUAAAAUCGACCCUAUACAAAAAACUCACCUUAUCGAUUUUGGAAAAUAUAUUGCAGAAUGUAUGCCCAAAUACGUACAGAAAGUUCAACUCACCGCUGGCAACGAACUUGAAGUUCUUGUACCUCCAGAAGCAGUUAUACCAGUACUGCAAUUUUUAAAAGACCACCACAGUGGGCAGUUUGCAAAUCUUGUUGAUAUCGCAGGCAUGGACGUGCCUUCUAGGCCCAAUAGAUUUGAAAUUAUUUAUAACUUGCUAUCCCUGCGUUAUAAUGCAAGAAUUAGAGUGAAAACUUACACUGAUGAACUUACACCUGUGGAUUCAGCCUGUGACGUGUUCAAGGCUGCCAACUGGUACGAAAGAGAAAUCUGGGACAUGUAUGGAGUCUUCUUUGCUAAUCAUCCAGAUUUAAGAAGAAUCUUAACUGACUACGGUUUUGAGGGCCAUCCCUUCAGAAAAGAUUUUCCUUUAAGUGGUUAUGUUGAAGUGCGCUAUGAUGACGAGCAGAAGCGUGUAGUGGUGGAACCUUUGGAACUAGCACAAGAGUUCCGUAGGUUUGAGCUGAGUGCACCUUGGGAGCAGUUCCCUAAUUUCCGAGGUAACCCUGCUACUGAGGAGGUCACUAAUCCAUCAGAAGAUAAACCAAAACAAGAAUAA